GAAUAGCAAGCGAGGAAUCGGUAGCCGCUAAUUUAAUGCGAACACCCUUACCGAGGAGACAACAUUAACGUAACGUAGCGGGGAUCAUGCCCCAGUAGCAUUAGAACUCUAAAAUUGCUAUGCUUUUCAUUUUAGAUUCCUCUUGUUUUCGUUACAUUGAACAAUAGUAAUAUGAUGAUACAACAUAGUCAUACAAUAUGAGUGCUUUGCUCAAGUUUGCAUGAUUUGUGGCUCGCAAAGGUCUGCGUUAUUAACAUGGUUACGUUAUAUACUGGACAUAGCACAUUACACUAAUAAUUCACUGUGAAACUGUUUAUCCCAGCAACAAAAAUGGGUUCUAGACUGAGCAGACAGAGUAGUCUGGACAGCGAAACGAAAUUUUCAAAGAGGAGACGCCAGGCGCGUGACAGCUCUGGAGAAGGAGAGAGGAAUGGAAGUCGGGGUAGCGGGGAGUUUUUGUUUACAUCGCUGAUGCUGAAGUCAGACAAGCUACCGGGAAUGCUGCGGAAAACGAAUCACAGUCCGUACGUGAGGAGGGUGACAUGGAUCAGAGAGAUACAAAAGCUUAUCCGAGAACAUAAGGUGGACCAGGCAGUCGACGUGCUCAAAUUACUGAGAAAGGACCUUGGUCUAGAGGGAACAUCUCUCAAUGACAUUCUGUAUAAGAACGCAGCUUUUCUGAAUCUGGUGGACCCCAUUUCCCAUGAGCUUCUCAUCAGCCUGGCCCGUGACAUUCAGUGCCCCAAAAAGGAUGUUGACACUGUGAAGUCUUCAGACAAAAUCUGCAGACAACUGAUCUACCACCUGACCCCUCACUCCAAAUGGCUACGUCAGAGCAUGCCCAGAAGGAAGUCUCAGGCAUGUCUGAAGACCACACUGCAGAAGAAGCUGUCCAACGACACUGUGGACCUGUCGGGCAUCCCACUCUCCAACAGGGAUGUCCACCGUGUGGUCUACUACCUCCAGAACAAUGGCGACAUGCUGGUGUCCGUGGACCUGAGCUUCACCGAGCUCCAGGACGAGAACCUCAGGCUCCUGCUGCCCUUCCUCGGCAGCCUGCCCAAACUCGCCACCCUCGCCCUCAAUGGCAACCGUCUGACCCUGGCCAUCAUCAAGGACCUGUCUGAGGUCAUGAAGGACCCAAAGAAGUUCUCCACGCUGGCCUGGAUUGACCUGGGCAACAAUGUGGACAUCUUCACCAUGCCCCAGCCUCUGCUGGUAGCCCUGCGCAGACGCUGUAGUCUAAAGAGCAGCCUGCCCACCAUCUACGAGUACACUGAGGGCCAGCCCUACAGCUACCACAUGGAGACCUCCAUCGAGGAGGCCAGUCACUAUGAGGAAGAGGAGGAAGAGGAGGAGGAGGAGGCAGAGGAGGAGGACAAGCUGGAGCUGGAGCCCUGGGGCAUUGGCGAGAAGAAGGUGUCUCAGAGUUUUACCCUGCACUACUGUGAGAGGUGAUCCCCUCAUCAGGCUCCAAGUGGCCUGAUCUGGUUAGAGGCCCCCCGUCUCUCUCUGUCUCAGCGUUCAGUUACCACCUUCUACCAGCCUUGCCCCGACCACCCCUAGCUCCCCUCCACACGUGAGCCCAGUUUCCCACAUAGGCAAGUGUGAGUCAGCACCAAGUAUAAAGAGGAUCCUCGAUCCAACAGAGCACCAGUACACUAUAACGUCUCGCCUCUAAAAGUGAGCAAACAAACUAAGAAAAAACAGAAACUCAGUCACAAAAACUGAACUGGAUGAAAUGAAAUUGCUGAAAUAUGGUGUUGUCUGUGACUUACUGUGUUGGUUGAUGGUGCUCCUGGAAACAAGGUAAGGUUUCAUUGGAGGGGGUAGGAAGAAAUUUGAGAACGAACCCCCCCUUCUUUGUAGUGGCGGUGGCAACAGUGGAGCAAAUUCCGAAGAUCUUGGUGAGAAAGGCUCCGAUCAGAUGUACUGACGCUAGAGUGCCAUAGUGGUGGCGCUGACUGGAGCCGUAGACCCAAAGCGUGUUUUCUACCAGGACUGAGCCUGUCUGUGGCCGCCUGGGUCUAGCUCCACAUUGUGUGUGCUCUGUUAAUCUCCCAACAAAAGCUAUGAAACAAGUUCAACAGACUAUACAGCCGACGACCCGUCACGUGACACCAGCAAAACUGCAAAGUCAAGACUUUUCGCUUUUUCCCCCCCUUUUGAAACGUUCACUUGUGUCACUUGUGUAUAUGUGAAUGCCGGUACAAAACAUGACACUGUUGUGUUGCGGGGGACUUUUUUUGUGAACUGGGGAUGAACAAAGCAGUCUUAGAAGACAAACGGGUAAGACUCAACAAAAGGCCACGUUCGUUAACUGUCCACAUUGGUCUAAAUCAACUCAGUCCUAUUUUUGCUAAUGUUAUCUCUCAUGGUGGAUCUAAAUAUAUUGAACUAAAUGCAAGGUCAGCUGCCUUACUGUAAUUAAGCACUUGUGAGUGUGCAAUGAAUAGGCUUGUAAAACACAGUACCUUGUAUUGUAAUCACACGUGAUUCCAGAUGACGAUUUAAAGAUCAACUCAGACACCCCUUUGAAGUAAUUUAAACAAAAUUUAGUGCAAUGUUAGAUUGUACAGAUCACAUUACUGGGUAGACAUGAUAGACAGGCCGAUGGUAAAGAACGGAGCAAAAAAUAUUACAGUCCUGAGAAAUUCAAUUACAUGUCUCAACCUUGUCACAGGAAAGUGCCCAAUGAAUGGUUGCCAAAGUUGCUGUUGCCCUCACUUAAUCCAACCCUGACAUCUGAAAUCCCAUGAAGGGGGAGCAGGAGCAGCUACUGCUGCAGAGUGGAAGACACUCUCCUAGUAAAGUACAUUUAAAUAACAAUAACAAUAAU